CAAGAAUGAACAACGUACUUGUCUUGUGUGCGAUUUUUGCGUGUGUCGCAGCAACUCCAACUUCCAUGGUUAGAGAUGCUUCUUCAGAGCUAUACAAAGUUCAAGAUUAUACCCAACCGAUACAAAUGAAAGCUGUUUCUAGCGAUGAUGUGUUACUAUACUUCAGAAAUCAGAACGAUUUAGACAAUGAAAAUGCGUUGAAUAUUUCUGAUACAAGCUCAUUACAACAACUUGGUUUCUCAACAGAGAAGUUUACGAUAUUCCUCAUCCAUGGCUGGCGAAACGAAUACGAUUCCAAUGUAAACAACGUACUAACUGAAGCUUAUCUCAGCAAACAUGACGUCAACGUUUUCGUUGUUGACUGGAGCAGCUUAGCGGACGAUCUGUACGUAAAUGCAGCCUCAGCCGUCGGCGGAGUUGGGGAGAUUGUUGGAAAAUAUGUUCAAUCUCUGGUGAAAAAUAAUAAUUUAGACUUGGAUAGAACAGCUAUAGUGGGACAUUCCUUGGGAGCUCACGUUGCAGGAAUAGUAGGUCUUGCUCUUGGUGGAAAAGUUGACUAUAUUGUAGGUUUGGAUCCUGCAUUACCUUUAUUUUUAAUGAUUCACGAGGACUACAGAUUGGAUGCCACGGAUGCUAAGUUUGUUCAGGUGAUUCACACUUGUGCCGGUUUACUUGGCGUCUAUUUCAAUAUUGGACAUUCCGAUUAUUACCCUAACGGUGGAAGGGAGCAACCAGGUUGUUGGUUGGAUGUGUUAGGUACAUGUGCACAUGGAAGAUCUUAUAAAUACUUUGCAGAAUCUAUAAAAUCUGGGGGAUUUAUUGCAACGAAAUGCGACAGUUAUGGUGAUUUUCAAUCUGAUGAUUGCUCUGAAGAAUACUCUACUAUGGGCGGAUAUUACAUUGAUAAAAGGGCUUCCGGUGCAUAUUAUUUGGACACCAACAGUGACUCACCAUACGCCAAAAACUGAUCGAAAAUGGAUACGAUUAUCGAAAUAAUGUAAAAGCUUUUUUUCGUUUUCUGUUUUAAGAGAAUUUAUUUUUAAUUUUUUUAGUGCUUAAAAUAAAAACGUCAUAGAUAAUUAUCUUAUGGUAAAUUGAUGUUUAUAAUACUGUAUGAUACAGAUAAUAAAGAUAACAUUGUAA